AGCUACCAGAUACACAGCCAGGCUGCAGAUUCCUAUCUCCGAACACGCAUUCCACGUACUCGACGCAAUCCUCGCAAUCCACGCAAGUCCUUGAUUGCGACGCCCGUUUUGGCGCCCAAGCUGCGUCAAUGCCCCACCAUGCCAUCACAGUCGUGAGACGCCAGGCACCGACGAUUGCACCGCAACCUGACAGAUGAAGCCGCGUAAUUUGCCCUCCCACCGGUAGCAAUCCCGGAUCUUCAACAUACACGAGCCCAACCCAUUCAUCUCUGCCAGCGUUCGUCCCAGCGCCGCCCACAUCUCACCAUGAGCUCGCGCAACGCGCCCAGCGUGGCCGAACUGGUCGCGCAGGCCGGCAACUACACAUAUAAUGCGCAAAUACCGCUCGCCAACUGGCUGCGCACUGCCAUGACGAUGCAGAAAGAGGCGCAAGUCUACGAAGCAGAGGGCAAUGAUGCGCAGACAUACCUGCUGCUCUACCGGCACGCCGACCUCGUCCUACAACAUCUACAGUCACAUCCAGACAAGAGCAAGCCGGAGAACCGCAAGGCGCUGAACUUAGCGACUGCCGCCGUGAGCAGCGACUUGAAGAAGCUCGAGCAGAUCGCCCCGCGGGUCAAGCGGAAGCAUGAGGAAUACGAGGACUGGAGACGGCGGCAGGUGGAAGCUUUGAAGGCAUUGGAGGGCAAAAGCGCGAAGACACUGUCCCAAGAGCUGGACGGGCUGUCGAUACAAGACCGGCGGACGUCCUACGGCGAGCGACCAACUCUGGACGCACGGAACCUCGACAACCACUCACUAGCGGCGAGGCUUGCGCAGAGAGAAGUACGGCGGCGAGAUACGCAGCGCAGGAGCGUGCGGCAGGCUGGGGUGUCAGAAGAGGAGGAGCAGGAGCGGCGGACUGGCGGCGACUGGGCCGCGUGGGACGACGAGUACGCGCGAGAGAGUCGACCUGGUGACGACCUGUCGAGCCAGAUCCAGGAGGUUGCUCGCCUGCAGAGAGAAGGACAGCGGUCAUCAUACUCUCAGCGCCCGCAAUCACAGUCCUCGACAUCGGCAUACCACUAUCCCUCCGUCCCUCACACAUCCGCACAAGAUCGCUGGUCUCAGUCCAGCUCACAACCGCCGCCACCGCUACCAGCCCGUCCUCCAAAAGAGCAGAUCUACAGGACCUCAGGCACGCCCGCAGCGCCCCCACCUCUUCCACCAAAGCCUCUCACCCCCUCGCAACCCGGUCCCUAUGACCAAUUCCUCCCACCCCCGGUGCCAGGCAAAUACACCUCCGGUCCUCCCCCCGUCCCCGGAAAACACGCCUCCCGCCCCCCAACCCCCUCCAGCGACCUCGAUGCCUUCACCUUCCAGCCCUCUGCCUUCCUCGAAAACGGCGACCCCCUGCGCCCCGUCUUCCUCCCCUCCCAACUCCGUUCGCAAUUCCUCGCCAGCGCCUCCUCCAACACACGCCUCAACCUCGAGACCUGCGGCAUGCUAUGCGGCAUCCUCAAAUCCCACGCCCUCUUCAUCACACGUCUGAUCAUCCCCCUGCAGACCAGCACAAGCGACACGUGCGAGACGCUCAACGAGGAAGAAAUCUUCGCGUACUGCGACGCCGAGGACCUGCUGGUGAUCGGAUGGAUCCACACGCACCCCACGCAGACGUGCUUCAUGUCGUCGCGCGACCUGCACACGCACGCGGGGUACCAGGUGAUGAUGCCGGAGAGCGUGGCGGUCGUGUGUGCACCGUCAAAGCAGCCGAGUUGGGGCUGCUUCCGGCUGACGGAUCCGCCGGGCAAGCAGGCGAUUCUGGCGUGUAGUAAGCCCGGUGUGUUUCAUCCCCAUGAUGUUGAUAAUGUGUAUACCGAGGCGUUGAAGCCGGGGCAUGUGGUGGAGUUGCAAGAUGCGCCGUUGGAGAUUGUGGAUAUGCGGCCGAAGAAGAGCUUUACGUAGGGGGUUUGGAGAUGUGAAUUGAUUCCUUCAAGACGGCACGCCAUGUGCCCUCGAUAGAGCCCAUUCCCCUUCUUGGUUCUCUGUUACGCGUGCUGCAUCUGAUCCUUGGUGAACACGAAUUGGGUGGGUUCAAAUUGGAAAUAAGGAUGAGGCUGUGGGAUGCUACUCGAUCCCAUUCGAUCCCGUACCUGCCUUUGUUGCCCACCCCAUACUCAUAGUCCGAACCUUCGCCUUUUGAUUUCUGCGACAAAAAGAGAGCUCCGAAAGAACGCGAAAUGCAAAAAGCACGACAGCGGCAGGAUUCGAACCUGCGCGGCCGAAGC